AUGUCAUUUUACACCAACCUUCGUUAUAUAAAUUUGACGUCACACAGUCAUUAAAAAAAAGUUGUCAAAUGGUGCAGUACAAUCUCUAUUUUGAUUUUUCGAACUUAUAAUCAAGAUUUUAUUCAUUUUCAAGUGAGGACAAGAGUUAGAGGCAUGUUAUCUCUUUGUAAACAGACCCUCUCUUCAAGCUUACAAAGAACGGGUGUGCGAUGUUUGGGCUCUGUGGUGCCCGAAUUAAAAAUCAGCGACUUCGAUGUGAAAAAUGAACCCGUCUUUGAAUACCUUAAGGGAUCUAAAGAAAGAACUGAGCUGGAAAAAGCACUGAAAGAAGCUGCAUCCACUACUGAAGACGUUCCUAUUGUUAUCGGUGAUCAGGAAAUCAAAACUAAAGAUGUUAGGUACCAGGUUAUGCCACAUAAUCACAAAAAGAAAAUAGCAAAAUUCUAUUAUGCAGACAAAAAUCUUGUACAAAAGGCCAUUGACACAGCCUGCGAAGCACAAAAAAAAUGGGAUGCUGUACCGAUUCCAGAACGGUUAAGGAUUUGGGAAAAAGCUGCAUCUUUGAUGGCGAACGAAUAUCGAGCAAAACUAAACGCUGCUACAAUGUUAGGGCAAGCCAAAACUAUGAUACAAGCCGAGAUUGAUUCUGCUGCUGAACUAAUUGACUUUUUUAGACUCAAUGCUUAUUUUCUUAAGGAAGCCACAAAAUAUCAACCCAUAUCAGAAAACCCCAAGGUUACCAAAAAUUCAAUGAGGUAUAGAGGAAUUGACGGCUUCAUAGCUGCGGUCUCUCCAUUUAAUUUUACAGCUAUUGGUGGUAAUUUGGCAUACACACCUGCUUUGAUGGGUAACGCUGUUCUAUGGAAACCCAGUGACACUGCGGUACUAUCAAACUGGGUCAUUUUCAAAAUUUGCCGGGAAGCCGGUGUGCCACCAGGCGUUGUAAACUUUGUACCUGCCGAUGGACCAGUCUUUGGUGACACCAUCACUGCCUCACCACAUUUGGCGGGUAUCAACUUCACUGGAAGUGUUCCAACAUUUACCAGAUUGUGGAAGCAAGUAGGAGAAAACAUAAACAAGUACAAAAAUUUCCCUAGACUUAUUGGAGAAUGCGGUGGUAAGAAUUACCACUUCGUUCACCCUACGGCAGAUGUAGACUCAGUCGUAAAUGGAACCAUACGAAGCGCUUUUGAAUUCUGCGGGCAGAAAUGCAGCGCUUGUUCCAGGAUGUAUGUACCAGAGUCUCUUUGGCCAAAGAUUAAGGAAGGUCUAUUGGCAAAGAGAAGUCAAUUAAAAAUCGGCGAUCCAACCGAUCCUACGAGCUUUACAUCUGCCGUCAUUGACGAUAAAGCAUUUAAAAGAAUCAAAGGCUACAUUGACCAUGCCAAGAGUUCACCAAAUUUGGAAGUAAUCGGUGGAGGAAAAUGUGAUGAUAGCGUGGGUUACUUUAUCGAACCUACCAUCAUCCAAACCAAAGAUCCCAAAGAAAAAAUUAUGGUUGAAGAAAUUUUCGGCCCUGUUCUGACCAUUUACGUCUACAAAGAUGACAAAGUGAAGGAGACAGUAGAUCUGAUCGGAACAUCAACUUCUUUCGCAUUGACUGGUGCCAUAUUUGCUCAAGACGAGAAAUUCUUGAAGAGUGCUUUCGAAGAAUUGAAAAUGACUGCUGGUAAUUUUUAUGUCAAUGAUAAAUCUACUGGUAGUGUAGUGGGACAGCAACCAUUUGGUGGUGCCAGAUUAUCAGGUACCAAUGACAAAGCUGGUGGUCCUCAUUAUGUCCUAAGAUGGGGAAAUCCUCAAUCUGUCAAAGAAACCUUCGUACCACUGACCGAAAUUGAUUAUCCUUACAUGAAGCAGUAGGUUAACAUUUACAUUUAAGUUUCAAACUUUUAGCAUAAUGCUUUUAUUGUGAAACCGGAAGUCAAAAAUGGAAUAAAUUUUUACUUUUUUUUUUUGGAAUCAUUUUUAGUUUCUUGUUUUUUUUUAUAAUAUUACAAGAUCUGUAUUACUGUCAAACGUUUGCCUAAAUAAUUCAAAUACAAAAACACCGAUUUUUGUCACUUCCGGUAGAACUGCCAUUGUUGUUAGCUAGAGUUACCAACUCAGGAUGUGUAGAAUGUUUCAGUACAUGUUGAAUAUCACAGAAGUCUAUUUGACAAAAUUUCACUGUUAAAUUUAAGUUGUUUGACAACUAGGUGUCAACUAACCGUCUCAUAGAGUCUAGAGAAUGAUAAGAUUUGAAAUAUGUUUAAAUUUUCAAAUAUCUGAAUAGCCAAGCUACCUAUCAUCAACUAAAAGUAGCUUUACACUAAAUAACGGUUAGUUGUGUUUUGAUGGAAAUGUUAUAUCUAAACACUACCAGUAUUAUAAGUGACUGGAAAAAAUCACUCCAUACAAAGAUAUUUUAAAUCGUAUUUUCAUUGGAUUAUACCAAAAUAAGUAUUAUGGCAUGAAUUAUGGAUUUACUUUAUAGAAGAAAAAAAAGUCAAUAAUGUUAUAUUGAAUUAUCAAAGGAUUUAAUUUAUUUUUUUUUAAAGAUGUUUAGAAAAGUAAAAUAAUUAGGAGUAAAAUCCGUUACGAC